UAUCUUUACUUCUUUUGCUUCUGUUUUCUUUGCCUUUCUUUUCUUUUCCCAUAUUGUCUCUCUCUGGAAACAAUUGGUGGCUUUUGUCUGUGACCCUUUAUGUUUAGUGUCGCCACUCAUAAAAGGCAGAUAUAUAGGUGAAACCCAGAAAAAUUCUGCCCAAUCCCACUUGUUCUUUGCUUCCAUUUUCAUUGCUAAAUGAGCUUGGAUUGUACACACACAUAUGUUAAUUUAAAGAUCAAAUUGGAGGGGAUUUUGUAGAGAUCCUUUUUAACUAAAUAUCUCACUUCGGGUUCGAAUUUGUUCGAAGGGUUUCGAUAAAUUCGAACCCAGGAAGCGAAAUGACGAGGCAGAAGAUUCAGAUCAAGAAGAUCGACAACACGGCGGCUAGGCAGGUGACUUUCUCCAAGAGGAGAAGAGGGCUUUUCAAGAAAGCUUAUGAGCUUUCAACUCUAUGUGAUGCUGAGAUAGCUCUCUUAGUGUUUUCAAAUACUGGGAAGCUCUUUGAAUACUCCAGUACCAGUACAAGGCAGGUGAUUGAAAGGAGAAAUCUGCAGUCAGAAAGAAUCGAUCUAUUGGAUCCUAUUUCAACCCUUGAGCUUCAGCUUCAAAGUAGCACAUGUGCCAAGUUGGGAACGGAAAUAGCAGAAAAGACCAAAGAGCUGAGACAGCUGAGAGGAGAGGAGCUUCAAGGGUUAGAUCUUGAAGAAUUAAAACAUCUAGAGAAAUUACUUGAAGGAGGCCUCAACCGGGUCACCCAAACAAAGGAUGAACUAUUUUUCAAAGAAAUCAGCAUCCUCAAAAGGAAGGAAGUAGAACUGAUGGAAGAAAACCAGCAAUUGAAAGAGAAAAUGGGGAAUUCACCUCAUGUGGUCCAACCAACUGUGGCUCAGCAAGGCCUAGGCCAGCCAUCAGACUGCAACGGCCAUGCAUGGAGAAGCUAUAGCUCUGACAUUUCUCUUAGACUGGGGUUACCUUACCCUAACUGACUGUUGAAACUUGAAAGGAUGGAGGGGAUGGUGUCAAAAAGUCAUCAUCAUCAUCAUCAUGCACGAUCUUAUUAUCUUCAAUGGCGUGUGUGUAUCAGUAAAUAUAGAAUGUGGCUGGUGUAUAUGCAUGUAUGAGUAUGUAUUUAUAACCAAUUUAUGGCAGCUAAUAAAGUUUGCUCAUCAUGAGUUGGUAAUUUGUUUCCGGAAAACCUACAUUACAAUAAAUUCGGUGUCUAAUUCAUGUGACGAGAGCCCAUUUUGUGGUCUAAAUUUGCAUCA